UGGUAUCAAAGCUACAAAUUCCUUUUGAAGAUGGCAAACAAUGGUGUUCCCCUCCAAGUUCCAUUGCUCACUAAGAGCAACUAUGAUAAUUGGAGUCUUAGGAUGAUGGCUAUCUUAGGAGCACAUGAUGUGUGGGAGAUAGUCGAGAAAUGCUUCAAUGAACCAGAGAAUGAUGGUGGUCUAUCUCAAACACAAAAGGAUGGUUUGAGAGAUGCAAAGAAGAGAGACAAGAAGGCUCUCUGUCUAAUCUAUCAAGGAUUAGAUGAAGAUACAUUUGAGAAGGUUGCUGGAGCAAAGACAUCCAAAGAAGCAUGGGAGAAGCUUCAGACAUCUUACAAGGGAGCAGAACAAGUGAAGAAGGUACGACUUCAAACUCUAAGAGGAGAAUUUGAAACAUGACAAAUGAAGGAAGGAGAACUCAUCUCAGAUUACUUCUCAAGGGUCUUGACGGUUACUAAUAACCUAAAAAGAAAUGGUGAGAAGUUAGAUGAGGUGAGAAUCAUGGAGAAAGUUCUUAGAUCAUUGGAUUCAAAAUUCGAGCAUAUCGUCACCAUUAUUGAAGAGACAAAAGACUUGGAGACUAUGACAAUGGAGCAACUUCUUGGAUCACUACAAGCUUAUGAAGAAAAGAAGAAGAAGAAAGAAGAUAUUGUGGAGCAAGUUCUCAAGAUGAGAAUUGAUCAAAAGGAAGAAAGUGGCCGUAAUCAUCCGAGACGUGGUGGUGGCAAUUUCCAAGGACGAGGUCGUGGUAUAAAUGGACGAGGUUGGAGACAAUAUGAAGACAACUUCAACCAAAGAGGAGAGAAUUCAUCAAGAGGUCGUGGAAGAGGAAACCCAAAAUCAAGGUACGAUAAAUCAAGCAUCAAAUGCUAUAGUUGUGGAAAAUUUGGACAUUAUGCUUCUGAGUGCAAAACUCCAAACAAGAAUAGAGUUGAAGAGAAGUCCAACUAUGUUGAAGAAAGGAGUAAAGAAGAAGAUAUGCUAUUGAUGGCUUACAAGAAGGAUGAACCAAAUGAGGUUCACAAGUGGUAUUGAUAGUGGUGCCUUGAUAGUGGUGCAAGCAACCACAUGUGUGGAAAUAAAAGCAUGUUCGUGGAGCUUGAUGAAUCGGUCAAUAUGGCUUUGGGAGAUGAAUCGAAGAUGGAGGUGAAAGGUAAAGGAAAUAUUCUCAUCCGCUAAGAUGAUAAAUUCAUUUCCAAUGUUUACUACAUUCCAAGCAUGAAGACCAACAUCUUGAGCCUAGGACAACUCUUAGAGAAAGGUUAUGACAUUAGACUAAAAGAUAAUAGUCUUUCUUUAAGAGACAAUGCAAAUAAUCUCAUCACAAAGGUGCCGAUGUCAAUUCUCUUUAUUGAUGACUUUUCAAGAAAAACAUGGGUUUACUUUUUGAAACAAAAAUCAGAAGUGUUUGAAAAUUUCAAAAAGUUCAAAACCCAUGUUGAGAAAGAAAGUGGUCUUAAGAUCAAGUCCAUGAGAUCGGAUCGAGGAGGAGAAUUUAUGUCCAAAGAGUUUAUGAAGUAUUGUGAAGAUAAUGGCAUCCGAAGACAGUUGACGGUGCCAAGAACCCCUCAACAAAAUGGAGUAGCGGAAAGGAAGAAUAGGACAAUACUUGAGAUGGCAAGAAGCAUGCUCAAGAGUAAGAAGCUACCAAAGGAGUUGUGGGCAGAAGCAGUUGCUUGUGCGGUUUAUAUAUCAAACCGUUCUCCAACAAAGAGUGUUUUAGAAAAGACACCACAAGAAGCUUGAAGCGGAAGGAAGCCUGGAGUCUCACACCUAAGAGUCUUUGGAAGCAUUGCUCACGCUCAUGUUCCAGACGAGAAGCGGAGCAAACUAGAUGAUAAAAGUGAGAAGUACAUCUUCAUUGGGUAUGACGCUAACUCCAAAGGCUACAAGCUCUACAAUCCUGAAACAAAGAAGACAAUUAUUAAUAGGAAUGUCAUCUUUGAUGAAGAAGGAGAAUGGGAUUGGAGAUCAAAUAAUGAAGACUACAACUUCUUUCCAUCCUUUGAAGAAGAUAAUGUGGAGCAACCGAGAGAAGAGCCAACUACACCACCAACUUCACCAACUACAAGUUCUCAGGGAGAUGAAAGUUCAAGUGAAAGGACUCCACGCUUUAGAAGUUUACAAGACAUCUACGAGGUAACUGAAAAUCAAGACAAUCUUACUCUAUUUUGUCUAUUUGCGGAUUGUGAGCCUAUGAACUUUGAAGAAGCUAAAGAAAAGAAGUCAUGAAGAAGUGCAAUGGAUGAAGAAAUCAAGUCGAUUCAAAAGAAUGAUACAUGGAAGUUAGCUUCACUUCCAAAUGGACACAAGGCAAUUGGUGUGAAGUGGGUGUACAAGGCAAAGAAGAACUCUAAAGGAGAAGUUGAAAGGUACAAGGCAAGAUUGGUGGCAAAAUGCUAUAGUCAAAGAGCCGGGAUCGACUAUGAUGAGGUAUUUGCUCCAGUUGCUCGCUUAGAAACGGUUAGACUAAUCAUUUCAUUGGCAGCCCAAAAGAGUUGGAGGAUACAUCAAAUGGAUGUAAAAUCAGCCUUUUUAAAUGGAGACCUUGAGGAAGAAGUCUACAUUGAGCAACCACAAGGUUACAUAGUUAAAGGAGAAGAAGACAAAGUCUUAAGGCUGAAGAAGGCGCUUUAUGGAUUAAAGCAAGCACCAAGAGCAUGGAACACUCAAAUUGAUAAGUGCUUCAAGGAGAAAGGCUUCAUCAAGUGUCCAUAUGAGCAUGCACUUUAUAUCAAAACUCAAAACAAUGAUCUAUUGAUUGCAUGCUUAUAUGUUGAUGACUUGAUAUUCACUGGCAACAAUCCGAUUAUGUUUGAAGAUUUCAAGAUGGAAAUGACAAAGGAGUUCAUGAUGACCGACAUUGGAUUGAUGUCAUACUACCUUGGCAUUGAAGUGCAAGAAGAAAAUGGAAUCUUCAUUACUCAAGAAGGCUAUGCUAAGCCCGACAUCCUACACGCAGUUGGAGUUGUGAGUCGAUACAUGGAGCAUCCAACAACAACUCAUUUCAAGGCAGCUAAGAGGAUCCUACGCUAUAUCAAAGGUACUAUCAACUUUGGCUUGUACUACUCUAUCUCUGAAUAUUACAAGCUUUUUGGAUAUAGCGAUAGCGAUUGGGGUGGAGAUGUAGAUGACCGGAAAAACACAAGUGGCUUCGUGUUUUUCAUUGGAGAAACCGUUUUCACAUGAAUGUCAAAGAAGCAACCAAUUGUCACUCUUUCUACUUGUGAAGCGGAGUAUGUGGCAGCUACUUCAUGUGUUUGCCAUGCUAUUUGGUUACGAAACUUGCUAAAGGAGUUGAACCUACCACAAGAGGAGCCAACGAAGAUCUUUGUGGAUAAUAAGUCGGCAAUAGCAUUAGCAAAGAAUCCAGUUUUCCAUGACCGGAGUAAGCACAUCGAUACUCGUUAUCACUACAUAAGAGAAUGUGUUACCAAGAUGGAUGUGCAAUUGGAGUAUGUGAAGACAAAUGAUCAAGUAGCUGAUAUCUUCACCAAGCCACUCAAGCAAGAAGACUUCAUCAAGAUGAGGAACUUACUAGGAGUAACCAAAUCAAGUUUAAGAGGGGGUGUUGAAAGCUAA